AUGUACAAGGUUUUAGUCCCCUUAGUAUUCCUAGUAGUUGUAGUGGCCGCAGAUGACCUCGGGAUGAAGUACGUCAUGAGGAUGUACGAGGACUGUCAGAGGACGGAUGGCAUACUUCCUUGUUUGAAAAAGAAAGCCAUCCUGUUCUUUGACAGGGCAGCAAGGAUGGAAGCCAUACCUUUGAUAGAUGGAGUGAAUAUUGUGAAGACUUCUGAUAUGGAGAUAGUGCCAGUUAGUGAGAAUGACAUUGAUGCCAGCUUGCCAAGGAAUCUGGAGAGCAAGGACGAAGCACUGACAGAGAUGCUCUGGAAUAGAAUAGCUGCCUUCGCUAACUCAAGAACAAUCCAACUGUCACUCCCAAAAAUGACAGGGCAGGAACUUAACAAGGGUGUUGAAGAAGGUCGAGGUAAGAUGAAGAAAAUGAUGGGCAUGAUGAUGAUGGGAGCGGCAAUGAAAAUGGCAUCGAUGAUCCCACUUGCCAUCGCUGGACUUUUUGUGCUAGCGGGGAAAGCGCUUAUAGUGUCAAAGAUCGCUCUACUUCUAGCCGGUAUCAUCGCACUGAAGAAGAUCAUCGCUCAGAAGAACGGAGGAGGCGGUGGUGGUCAUGAGAGCCAUGGAUGGUCAUCAAGUGGGGGUAGCAGUGGAGGCUGGGACCGCAGAUCUUAUGACGCGUCAGACUUAGCGUAUGCGGCGUACAAAAAGAACUAG